GUUGAGUGUUUACAAAAUGUUGUUUGUCUUGCUUGUGAGUACUUUUAGAUUUACUGUGACGAAACUUUAAACUGCGUUUUAUCUUUUUUCUUUGAUAGUAGAAAGAGCUUUUCAAGUAACAAGGUCAAGGAAACCCUGUUACAAUGAGCAGUCCUAGGAAGAAAAAAAUUAAACUACUGGACUCGCCAAAUGCGAACAAACACAAACGAGAUUGUGAAAAUACGGAAGAAUCUUUAUUUUCUAAACGGCAGAAGGUUGAAAAAGUUCCCGGGGAAGACCUACAAGCAAAGAAAAGAAGAAACUUCAUAACAGCAUGUGAAUUAGUGUCUUACAAAUCUUACUAUGACCACAACUUGCGAUUCCAAUUGAUACAUGUGCCCCCUUGUGCAAACAUUACCACAUGCAAACAUCAUGAUCACAAAAAUUCCAGCAGUAGCAAGGCUAUGCCAUCGUAUGCUGAGGAGUCUUUCAGAAUAGAGAUGAAAACUAACAUGUGGCGUGAAGCACUGGAAGUCUGCCGACUGUGUAUUACACCAGAUCAAUAUUUAUCAGCGAAUAUUCUAAAAGAUAUUGUAGAAAUUAUGCUGAAUGCCCACAAUGAUGAACACACUGAUUACACAAUUGAAUACUUAUUGGAUAAGUGUCAACAAGUAUUUGAAUUGAACUUCAGCUAUCAUCCACCGUGCCUUGUCAAGAGCCUCAGAAAAUGCUAUAAUGAUUUUUUGACUUCACCAAUGGACUUGAAAGAUAAAUCUUUUACAAAUCGGACUGAGUUCGGCUGUAGCAAAGGGAUAUUUAAAUACUGUCUGAAUAGAUUAGAACAUGAGUUAAGCAUGGACAGCAAAGAUGAACCGCUUGUCGAUAAAUGUGAAAAUAUACCGGAAGAUAUGAAGCAGAGUGUCAAGGGAUUGCACUGGCAGAAAGAGAAAUUCGAAAUAUAUGAGCUGCUGCAUCGAACAGAAAGGAUAAAAAGACUCAUUGCAGUUUUGGAUACUAUUAUAGAACUGUUACAAUAUGAUUUAACCAUUUGGCAUACAAGGUAUACUAACAACUUAGGUAGUCACAUUAUGCGUUCUCACAAGCCUCUGAUGGCCUAUUUGCUAUGGUCAAACAAUGUCCUGUUUACUGGAGCUGUGAACAACAACUGCAGACAAAUAAUGAGGCUGUUUGUUUAUAUGAUACACCUGCAGUACCCAGAAGAACACAUAAAAGUAAUAACUAUAUGGCUAAAUACUAUGGUUCAGACAUUUUAUAUUUGUGAAAAUAAUUCAAAUAGUGACUACCCUAAUACUGGAAAAUAUUGCACAGCUUUUGCAAAUGAAUUUUAUAAAAUUAUUGCAGAAAUGCCUCAUGAAUCUGUGAUCAGGAUAUUAGAGAGAAUAAAACCAAAUUACAUGAAGUAUCUCAUAGGGACACUACAUAUCAAGAGGAUCCUACCAACCCAAGAAGACGAUCCACUAAAGAUAUUCACAGAUUUUGUGAAAAAUCUUCAGUGGAAGAAAUAUCCUGAAAGCACUAGUCAAAUUAAUAUUCCAAGGACCACAAAUUUUAAAAAUACUAAUCUAAUGAAGCACUUACUAAGGAGAUGUAACAAAUUAAAUUCAAAAGGAAACAUUGUUGAUGAAGAGACUGAGACAUACAAAAGAUUUGAUCCACUUUCCUUGCCUAAAGAUCAUAAAAUAUCAUUAAAUCAUGUUAUUCACACACUGUAUAUAACUUUGGAAGCAUAUCUAGAGGCAUAUAGUGUUCAGAAAGUUCAAGAAACGUUGGGUGAAUUAAACUUGAACUUGGAAAGUAAUGAGAACUCAAUUGAACAAAAAAUCUUACCAGAUUUUUGUUCAUACAGUGUGACAGAACAUUUUAUCAAAAAAUAUCGAUCUAUAUACCAGUCAUUAAGAGAACUUGUGCUGAUAUUGAAUGAAAUGAAAGUUAGUGGAAGUCUCCCUAGCAUAUUUAAAGUAUUUGAAAAUAUUGAUUUGUUAGGAUGAAAUACGUGCAAUAAGCAUGUAUCUACAGCUACCACCAGCCAGAUUUAAAAUGUAACUGUGUAACCAACCAGUAACCUUUGUUUGGUAGAGAAUAGUGUCACUUUAUCAGAAACUGGUCAAAGUGACCUUUUAAAUAGUAUUGUAGUAUAUAAUAAACUUGAAAGAAUAUAUUUUACUACUAACUUAAUAUUCUCAAAUAUAUGAUGAAGACUUGAUUAAACUCUAAAUUAUGUUUAUUGAAAUAUUAUGUGAAUUGCAAGUACUCUUUUGUUGGACCCUUCAUAAUAAUAAUUUGUAGAAAGAUGAACAAUGAGAUUGAUUCAUCUUAAUUAUAGCUUUUAUUAUUAUCACAAAAAACUUUUGCUUGACUCAGUGCCAUAGUAUUUUAAGUGAGAAGAGAUGUUGCUAAUAGUAUUGUUCUUUUAAUUUUGUGUUACUUUGUGCCUGGACACCUCUUGUAACAACCUAAUUUGUCUUUGAUUUCUUGUAGGCACUUUAGCUGGCUAUACUCAAUAAAUUGUAACUUAUUAUUGGUGGUCUCCCCUUAGGUCCAAAUCUUUGGGUCUCCCACUUUUGUACAGAUGUUGGUUCUGUUUGGCCAAGAGAUGGCGCUUCUUUCAAUAUAUCUUUUCAUUACAAAUAGGUGUAAUACUACAUAGACUACUAACUACUUACAAAUAGAGGUCUAUGUAGAAAUACAUUUAAUAUACAUUAAGUUCAAUAUAUUGUUAUUCUUGAAGUCUGAUUAAAAUGUUACCUGAUAUUGUAUAAUAAAUUAUGCUGGCAAAUAAAACAUCAACAUGUCUGUUCUAAA